CUUCCGUUCUACAAGUUCAAUGAGUUCACUAACAUUUGAAAGCCUUUGGUAGAAGAAUUAGGUCCCGUAGGUUGCCAGACAUGUUGUCAGUAAUGAGAGUGAAUUCCUGUGCGAAAGAAUUGCCGAAAGCGUCCUGUUUGAUUAAAUUUUUCAAAAGAAACGAGAGUCAUGAAGCGGUGCAGAUUAAACCUGUCCGAGAAAAAACUGCGAAAGCUUUCGAAAGCAUCAGCGGCUCCCUAUUGGCCAACCCGAGAACAGAAUAUAGAAACAUACGUGUGUACCAAGGGAAGAUAAAAGCAGUGAUUCUCGACUGGGCCGGCACUGUUGUAGAUUGUGGGGUGUAUUCUCCUGCAAUAGUGUUUCGCAAAGUGUUUGAAAUGGAAGGUGUGCCCAUAUCAAAUGAGGAAGCUAGGGAACCAAUGGGAAUGCACAAGAAGGUCCACAUACGUACCAUUACUCACAUGGAUUCGGUACGACAGAGAUGGAAGGAGAAAUUUGGACGAAGCCCAAAUGAAGAAGACGUAAAUCGAAUGUACCAAGCUUCAGUCCCCAUGCAGCUGGCAUGUUUGGAAGAAUACAGUCAAAUGAUCACUGGUGCAGUUGAAACAGUUAACUUGCUUCAAAAAGAUUGGGGUUUAAAAAUCGGCUCAACCACAGGCUUCACAACACCCAUGUUGGACAUCCUGAAGAAGAUUGCCGCAAAGAAUGGCUACAUCCCUGACUGUUAUGUAGCUGCUGAUGAAGUUCCGCAGGCUCGGCCAUACCCAUAUAUGGUAUGGAUGAAUGCCAUCCAAUUGGAUGUCAAUCCUAUCUCUGCGAUUGUGAAAGUAGAUGAUACAAAAGAUGGCAUCCGAGAAGGCACAUCUGCUGGAUGCUGGAGUGUUGGACUUGCAAGAACGGGUAACUACGUGGCUCUAAACGAGGAAGAAAUCAACGAACUCAGUGACGAGGAGUAUGAACUGAAAAUCUCGAAAUCCUACGAAACCUUGGCGAAUGCAGGCGCCCAUUACGUGAUUGACAGUAUAGCCGAACUUCCGCCCGUUAUUGAGGACAUCAACCGCAGGCUGGCCGCGGGCGAGCGACCCUGAGCGGGAUAAAUAAUAUAAAAAGGACAGGCGCUCUUGGUCACAUGGGACGAUUUUUAUCAUCGAUGUUUGCUUGGUUUUCACUUGGCUGAAUUUUACUUAUUACUAUUGAAAAGCGAAUCGCAUUUUUCGUGCGUAAAUGGUAAUGGACGAGUUAAUUACGAAUUGCACAAUAUAUUUUCAUAAUUUAUACCUCUGAUCAAGUAAAGUUAAUUAACAGACAUUGGUCAGAUUUUAAUUUUUUGACCAAAAACUAAAUUCAUGCAGUAAAAUAUUUAACUUUAUACAGAAAUUCAAUGGAAAGGUGCAUUUUGUCGAAUAAGUGUGCUUUUCCAUUGAAUUUUCUUCUGCAUUGCAAUUAUUUCAAUGAAAAUAAAUCCACGAGUUUAUCCACAUACUUUAGUUCAAAGGUGGAUUAAGUUCAUCUCUAAUUAUUUCAAA